AUGCGUUCUCUCUUUUCUAUACUUUGUCUCUCCGCUGCUGUGACCGCUACCUUUGUCCACCCCGGUGCGCUGCAUACCACAGAGGAUUUCGAGCGCAUCCGGACUCAUGUGGCUAAUGCGGAUGAGCCUUGGAAUUCGACAUGGACCUUGUUGGCUUCCAGCUCGUAUGCACAAUCAUCCUACACGCCCACUCCAAAAGAAACUGUCUAUCGCGGGUACAAUGGGGUGGACUCUGAGAACUAUCCGUCUCUCUAUCGGGAUACCGCAGCUGCAUAUCAACUCGCGAUUCGCUGGCUAGUCACCAAAGACACGAGCUACGCUGAUGCUGCAGUCAAUAUCCUUAGCUCGUGGGCCGCAUCACUCACAGAUAUUGAAGGUACCAGCGAUAAGUUUCUGGCUUCCGGGUUGUAUGGAUACCAGAUGGCCAAUGCAGCCGAGCUCAUGCGCGACUAUUCCGGCUGGGCGAGCGAUAACAAAACCCUGACAGGGACUAUGUUGACCAAUGUCUUUGCAUCAAUGAAUACUCGGUUCUUGGAAGAACACAAUGGGCAAGACUAUUACCACUACUAUGCCAACUGGGACCUGUGCAACCUAGCGUCCCUUCUAGCCAUUGGCAUCUUCACUGAUAAUCAAACCAUGUUCGAUUAUGCUGUCAACUACGUCCGCACAGGGCCAUCCAACGGGGCUCUGCCUGUAUUUGCUAUCGCCAAUUACACCGAGUCUGGCUCCGGCAAGAUCUUGACCCAGGGUCAGGAAGCUGGUCGGGACCAAGGCCAUGCUACACUGGAUAUGAUGCUUUGGGGUGUGAUUGCCCAGCAGGCGUAUAACCAGGGCAUCGAUCUGUUUGCCGAGUACGAAAACGAGAUUCUGAAUUCCGCCGAAUACGCCGCCAAAUACAAUGUCGGCUCCGACGUUCCCUACACACUAUACCAGAGCUACCAGGGAAACCAGACUGUUAUCUCGAACGCUUCACGUGGAAAUAUUCGUCCUGGAUUUGAACUUCUUUCGGCUCACUAUGGGCAGUUGAAAGGACUCAACUCUUCGUGGACCGACGCCUAUCGCGACAUGGUGAACUCAAACUCCACGAGUGGUAUUGAGGGCGGUGGUGGAAACUAUGGCUCUAGCUCAGGGGGAUUCGAUGGUCUCGGCUUUGGAACUCUUCUCUAUCGAAUUUAG